UCUUCCGGUAAGAACCAUCGUCCUCACUUUUAACAGCUCCGAAAUAUCUAAUCUCUAGCCUUGCAAAUCGAGAUGAAUUGAGCCGUGGGAUUCGCUUCUGAAUCCUAUGGUUUCAAUUUUUUUCGGAUUCUCGCUUGUAUAGAACUGGUUAGGUUGUAAAGGAAUGUGGGGAAAACUAUUGUAGAUUUUGUACAGCGUAGUCUUAAGAUUUUAGCAUUCUUUUUAGAGUCAAGUUUUCACCGUCAACGAUGUCGUCGGCUGGUCUUGCUGUUGUUCCGGUUCGAAAAGAACCUUUGAUCCCUCCUGAUCACUUGUAUCCUGACUGGGGUCUUUGUGAAAACGAAUCAAUUUGGAUAUACUUGGCCCUUUCCGAAUCCAUGGUUCCUAUGCGAGUUUUGGAAUCGGAUUCUAUUGAAUCCUUGAAGCUACGCAUUCAAUCCUAUAAAGGUUUUGUUGUGAAGAAUCAGAAGUUGGUUUGCGGAGGCCGGGAGCUGGCACGGAGAAUUUCACUUGUCCGUGACUACGGAGUGAACGAUGGAAAUGUUCUACACUUGGUUCUUAGGCUUUCUGAUCUUCAGGUCAUUAACGUCAAGACUACGGCUGGAAAAGAAUUUACCUUUCAUGUUGAAAGAGGGCGUGAUGUUGGUUAUGUGAAGAAGCAGAUUGCCGAGAGGGAGAAACAUUUUUCUGAUCUUGAUGAGCAAGAAGUUGUUUGUGAUGGGGAGCAAUUAGAGGAUCAGAGGCUUAUUGAUGAUGUAUGUAAGAACAACAAUGCUGUGUUGCAUUUAUUGGUCCGUAAAUCUGCCAAAGUUAGGGCUAAGCCUAUUGCUAAGAAUUUCGAGUUGUCCGUUGUGGCACCAGAAUUGAAACACAAGCAAGAUUGUGAUGUUGGUGACAAAGAGAACCAUCCUAGAAGAUAUGAAGCUGAUAAAGAGGUUGAACCAAUGAAGCCCCCCAAUAGUGAUUUUGUAUUUGAGCCUGUUAUUGUUAAUCCUGAAUUUGAACUACCUCCAGUCAUUGUGGAUAUGAUUAACUCCACCUACGAUGGAUUGUACAGUGGGAAAAUUCCAAUUAGGUCUGUGGAGGGGACUGGAGGAGUUUAUUUCAUGCAAGAUUCAACAGGCCAACAAUUUGUUUCUGUUUUUAAGCCAAUUGAUGAAGAGCCUUUAGCUGUAAAUAAUCCUCGACAAUUACCGGUGUCAUCAGAUGGUGAAGGGUUGAAAAAGGGUACGCGAGUUGGAGAAGGAGCAUUCAGGGAAGUCGCGGCUUAUAUUUUGGAUCACCCUAAGAAAGGACAAUGCAGGUUAUAUGGUGAUGAGAAGGGUUUUGCUGGGGUCACUCCUACUGCUCUAAUCAAGUGUUUGCAUGCUGGGUUUAACAACCCAGAUGGUUUGGCAACAGUCAAGAUUGGAUCAUUGCAGAUGUUUGUGAAAAACAAUGGAAGUUGUGAGGAUAUAGGUCCUGGGUCCUUUCCAGUCGAGCAAGUACAUAAAAUCUGUGUGUUGGAUAUAAGAUUGGCAAAUGCUGAUAGGCAUGCUGGAAAUAUUUUAUUGAGCCAAGAUAGAGACGGGCAGACAUUGCUGAUUCCCAUCGAUCAUGGCUAUUGCUUGCCUGAAAGCUUUGAAGAUUGCACAUUUGAGUGGCUGUAUUGGCCUCAAGUUCGCAAACCAUAGUCUCCUGAGACAAUUGAUUAUAUAAAAUCACUGGACGCUGAAGAUGAUAUUGCCCUUCUGAAAUUCCUUGGAUGGAAUAUGUCAC